UUUAAUUAAUAAUUAGUAGGAUUAAUUGUGUUUGUGGAUCAAAGACAAACUUUAUAAGAUGUCACAACUACAAAAUUCAUUGGAAAUUGUUCUAAAAAGACUUGAAACUGAAAAAAAUGAUGUGAAAUCUGAAACUAAGGAAAAAUUCAAAGCUAUUAUUGAUCAUUUAAACUCUAAGAAGGCAAACGAGCUUCUUAGAAACAAGACAUACGAACUGCUUGAUAAAAUCAAGAUUCUGAGAGAACAAGUUGAAAUUAAGGAAUCUGAAAAAAUUGAAUAUGAAGAAGGUGAUUUAAAGGCAUCAAACGACUAUGCUGAUCAAUUAAGGAGAGAUCUUAAAAAGUUGGAACGCCAGAUGACUGAUAAGCAAACGAUUGUAAUUGAGACUUAUACUCAAUCGGAAGCAGUCAUCGGUCAAUUAUUAAAGUAUAAGAAGAAACUCGCUGAAAUUCCAGCAAUUAAAGAAGCAGAUCGAAUUAAGGCUGAAACAUCAUUAGAAAAUAAAACAUUAAAUUUGAGUGCUGUGAAGCAAGCUAUAAAGGAACAUCAUGAACAAGAAAAAGUCUCAUUGGCUAAUAUAGCAGACACUGAGGCAAAAAUCAACGAAGUAUUGGCACAAUCUGAACAAAUGACAAACUUAAUUAUUGUUGAGAAUACAUUGUCUGAUAAAAUUAUGCAAUAUAAGGAACAGAUCAUUCCUGAAAUUGCUAAUGAAAUUGAAAAGGUCACGAUGAAUAUCUCAAAUGCUAAAAAGACUAUUGAUGAAAAGAAUCAAGUCAAAAACAAUGCUAUUAAAGCAUUUGAAGACCUAAAGGCUAAAUUAAAAUUUGAGAAGGAAAAGAAUAUAUCUUUACAUGACAAACUGCAGAACAUUCUUAAAUUAAAGAAUGACAUUAUUUGUAAGAAAGUCUCGUCAAAGGAUAUUGAUGAGAAUCCUAAUCUGAAGAAACUGACACUUAAUAAGGAGUACAAGAAACAAAAGGAUAAGAUACAUAAGCUGACAACAGACAAAUCUCAAAUUUCCAAAGAUGUCAAUGAUGCUACAACCGCUAAAGUUGAAUCGGAAAAGGCCCUGGAUAAAUUGAAGGAAGAGAUGAAGAAAAUCAAAGAAAUAUCACAAACGAAAAGAGAUGAAAUCAUGUCACUAGAAAAUGAUAUUCAAGGCAAGGAAGCUGAACUUCGAUCAUUAAAUAACGAAAAUUUGGAAAUGGAAAAAAUCAUUGCAACACAUGAUAAAGAAAAGGAAUUGAUUGAGUCAAACAUUGCUGAACUAACUGCAAAAUUAAAGGAACUACAAAAGAAAUUGACUUCCGAUCAAAACUAUCGUCAUUCUAAUCAAAAAGAUCCAUUUAAGGAAUCUCAGUUAAAAGCAAUCGAUAUGAAGGUAUCGAUUAAUAAUAACAAGAAUAAUGUCCAUAAAUGGCUGACUGGUCUUCCUCAAAAAUUCACUAAAAAUAACACAGCAUCAGAUAUUUUAUCACAAAACAGCACAGUUCAGCCUGAAGAUUCCAUGUUGAAUAUUUCAAACCUCAUACAAAUCCAAUCGAAUGACUCAACCCAUGAAAAUAUCAUAUUUAACGUGGACAUUGAGGAUCCAGAAGUUAUUGAUGCAAACAUGGAUUGCUCAUUUUCGGAAAUGAAUAGCAGUGACAUUGCACUAGAUGAGUCGUUCUUAAAUAAAGAUUAAUUUCUUUAAAAAUCCCUUUCAAUCAUGUCGAGGAUCUAGUCAUACAUGACAUUAUUAAAUUUAAUUUUUGUAUCGCAAUUCGAAAAGAUUUUUGUUAGAAACAUUAGAAGGAAGCAAUAAAAUAUAUUGAUA